GAAUACAGUUCGCAGUGUUUAUUUACUUCUGGAAUUACUUUAGCAACCGAACAUAUAAUAAUUGAUAUAAACCGAUAAUAUCAGCAAAGAAUAUCAUCCAAAACACAAACGCAUUUAAAAUGUAAUAGCCAUUGUCUUGAAGUCGCCACAGUGCAACAAAACCCGUACACUAUCCUAGGUUUAAUGUACUUAACGUUCUAUUUAAUCUUCUGAACUUAUGUUUUAUAACGUGUGUUUCAUCUUUGUGAUUCUGUAUCAAAUGACCGAGUAGGUUCUUUGCAAUGUCAUUUAGCAUGAUAUGUGCAUUAGUCAGGCAGAAUAAUAUACGAGAUAUGGAAUUGAAUUGGUGACCUAUAAAACCAACGUAACGUACGUGUAAUUUUUAGAAAACCGCCUUUUUUUAUGAAACUCGAAUAUAUUUGGACUGCGAAAUACUAUACAAAAUCUACAGGUAAUUAUUUGUAUAUACAUUCUGUAAAAAGCACACCCAAAUAAAAAAUCGAUAAACUACAAUUUCUAACUGAUGAUAUCUUUACAGUGAUGCCGCAAGAGGCAGUUUCUCAACAUCUGAUACUUGGAAUAGUAACAAGAUUAAAUCCAACAAAAUUAUAACGGUCAUGCUUGCAUGUUCAGUAAACAUGCUUUAUUCAUAUUAAAAGCAUACCGAUGCGAUUGUUGGUGUUUUUUUCACUGAACAUUGUUAGUUCUCCAAGAUGGCAUAUAUGAGUGGCGACAGUUACGUAUGUCACAUUUUAACUUUCCGUUGUCCACUAAAGGUCAAAAUCAUCAACAUCUACAAUAAAAGGAAUCUAUUGGAACCCAAAACAUUUUUAGUGGAACAUUAAUUGGCUUGAUUUAUUGAGAAAUAUCAUUUGAUUUAAAAGUAUUACAUUUAUACGUUUCGUGUCUAUAGUCUGAUAUGUUUGCAAAAAAAUCAUAUUUCCAUCAAAAUAUAUAAAAUUAAAAUUAAAUUAAUUAAAGUUGUUAACACAAUUGGUUGAUAAUAUCUUAUCAGAAAAGAAAUUUUUUUUACUAACUUUAUAACUUAUGAAAGCCGGUGGAAAUGUAGCUAAGAUAAGCUGGUUAUCUUAGUCCCUUCAUUUUGUAUAAAUCGUCAUAUCGGGAAAGAGUGUUACAGCAAGCCUUUUUUUACUUAGAACUGUUAUAUAAGGAAAUGUCUAAAAUCUGACAGUCAAUAUUGAAACAUUUGAGUGCAAUUUCAUUCGAAGCCAAUGAUAGUUUCAAAGAGGGAGGGUUCCGUAAUUUUCACGCACAAGGUUUAUCAAAUUGAGUUAGAAAGUGAUAUCCGUGCUUAAAGAAUGAGUGCAUUAAAGGCUUCAGUAGAUGAAGCUUUGCCAAAUUUCUGGAAUACGAAAUCGAAAAACAAAAAACUAGAGAGCUUACAGAAACUGGCCCAAAUACAAUUAGGUUAAGUAUAAUAAACAAAGAACAUAUAAUACAUUUACAUAAUUAAUUAGACCUUACGUCAUUUGAUACAAAAACAUCGCACUUUAUUUCUAUUCUCAUACAUUAUGACAAGAUGCCGUCUUACAUCAGACUGAGAAACACUGGGCUUCUACUCUGUAAUCAUUUAAAGCUAAUGGAAAGGUUGUUUGUAGAUAUUUAAUCCAUUUAAGUUCAGAGACAUGUCUAAGUUUAGCCUUGAAACCAGGGGCCGUAUUCAUAAGCAUCUUAAGUAUACAUUUUGACUUAAAUUCAAGAUUUUACUUAAGUUUGUUGUGAUUUCAGCUUAAGGUAUUGGACCCCUAAUAGUAAUGUUUAAAAAAUGGCAUUUGCUUGGUAUAUUCUUAAAGUUGCCCAUGUUUCGCACUGUGUUGCAAAUUUUAAACAACUUUUACCGUGCCGUUUUUUGUAAAUUUUGUAUAAUUUAUUGUAUUUCGUCAAGCUCAAGUAGAGACAAAUUUCAAUGUGAUGGCCACUAUCUAAAACAUUUGCCGAGAAUUCAUUACAGCAUUAAUUUUGAUAAAAGAAACAUCAAACUAUUGUUAAACAAUUAUAAAACACAAAAUAAAACUGUAAAUAUAAUUUUUUUCUAGGGUGCCUCAAGUAAACAGAUUUAAUGAGACAGAAUUCUAACUGCAACAUUGAAACAUUAAGGUCGAAUCCUGUGGGUCUGUUUUGAAUUUUGCUUAAAAUGUAAAGGUAUUUAAACUUAUACUGAAAAGUAAUUUAUAAUUAUUUGUUCAUUUUGUUUUACAUUGUUAAUUUUUAGUAUUUUAUACAGUAAAUCAUACAACGGUACUUUAUCUUGUAACAUUUUAAUGAAAAAUAAACAAUAGUAACCGCAUAAUACACUUGUUUUGUCUUGAUAUUGUAUAUUAUUGCAUUUUAUAUCCGGGAUGUAAUUAAUUACUUCUUUUGGCGGAGGAAGUCCAAAUGGGUCAAAGUACAAAGUAUUAAAGUAACAAACCCAGUGUGUUCCAGACCCAACAGAGUCGUCCAAAUUUAUAAUUCCACAUUCUUUAUUUAAUUUUGUUUUUGGUAAAUUAUUUCUACUAAAUACACCCCUAAAGUUUUUAAUUUUCAAUUGUUUAACCCAUUGUUCAAUUUCAAAGUGAGAAAUAGGUUUGUUUAAAAAUUUUAUUUUUUUUUACUAUAGGAAUUCGUCUGUAAGGUCUCCGUUGAGAAUCAAUAUGUAUACCUUUACCGCUUAACAAAGAUGUAAUCAAAGGUAUUCCAAGACUAGCAGCCAACAUGCCUAAAAACCCACCGUCUUGUUUUUGUUUUUGUGUUAAUUUAAUCACUCCAGAUCCCACUAGUUGUUUUCUUUGAUUAACUGUAAGAUAUGGUGUUAUCAUGUUAUCAUGUUUCUCUUAUCAUUAGCUACCGAAAUCAUACCAUUUCCAAGUAUUUUACUAACACUAGUACUGGCAAGUCCUGACAAAGCGCCGAUGCCUAGAGGAGCUAAUAUUUUUGGAGCUAUUUUUGCUGCCAUUGGAAGAAUUGUUUUUCCUAUUAAUCCAGCCAAAGCUCCUAAAAAUCCUCCAUUUUGACCUUGACUGGACAUUUGCUUUUUGGAAAUUGUAAUUUCUAAUCCCUUUUUGUUUUUAAUAGAUUUUUCAAUUUGAUUAAUUUGUGUUUUUGUUAAAAGCAAAGGAAAGUUUCCACGUAAUUGUUCAUGUUUUAAUCUAAAAGUAUGUGGAAUUUUGUCAUUGUAAGCUUUUGCUAAGUUUUUCUUUUGCCCAUCUGUUAAAUUUACAUUAUAUUCAAUAUAAUUUGAUACCAUUAUAUAUUAAAUUUAUAUUUUAUUUAAACAAUAACAAGUUCAUUUCUAACAGGAUUUAUUUCAACUGUUUCUUCGUACAAUACAAUUGCGUAAACACGGAUAUUAGCUGCUGGCGGAAUAUUUGAUUUAACUGUUAAUGUAAUAUGCUUAGGAUCUUCUGCAGUUAUUUCCUUUUUAAAUUCUAAGUUAAAAUGAACAAAUCCAAACAAAUUUUGAAAAUUAAGUUACUUAAAGUCUAUUUAAGAGUAGUUUCAUUAUUUUGUUUAUAAUAAUAAUUAAGAACAUCUUCAUAAAUUCUAGGUAUACUUGUAUAUUCCGUUUCGGGAUAAAAACACCGUUAUCAACUUCAAGACGGCAAGAUUCCAACAUACAAUUAUUAUUUGCUGCAUUAACUUUAAAUGUAUCUAAUAAAUGUGGGUUAUGUUCUUGUGAAUUACUUUUAUCAGGUCGUUGUAAAUAAACAAACACAUGUUCGGGUUUUGUUACACCAACUGUUAUUCUAAAAGUUAUAUUAUUCUGUUGUGUAUCUGUUGACUGUGUUAUCAUUUCUCGGAGAUAUUUCAACCCCUCGCAUUCUUAUAUCUUUCAGAAAUUAAAUUAAGUCCAUAAUCAUUAAAAAUUAAACGUGGAACCCACAAAAUUAAUUUAGUUACAAUUACCCUACCUGCAUCAGCAGCAUUAGCUCUGUAAAUUAAUUCAUCAUCAUUUGUUAAUUGUAAUGUUAUUUGUAUUUGACUUGGUGGUAACAUGUUUUGUUCCAAACCCUGAAAAAAUGAAUAAUUAUUUAAUGGAAUUUUAGCAUUUACAUUAUUACCACCCUGGAUUAAUACCUUUCUUGAUUGAAAAAACCUUUAUUAUAUCCAGCUUGGUCAUCCCUACUUUCAGCACUGGCGGUUUUAUCUAAAUAAAUAAAUUCGUUUGUUCCAGUUGAUUCUGCAUAAGCAUUAGAUAGUUCAACUAAAUUUUUUACAUUUAUUACCUUAUAUAAAUUAUUACAAUCAUAGACAAUUUUCCAUUUUGUUUAACUAUUAGCUGAACAAUUAUUGAAGCUGCAUUAUUAAUUAACUCCUUGGGGCCGAAAUGCGACUAAAGGCGCUAUAUUUUCUACCCCGGUAGCGUCGAUAUCCGACUAUACGCGCGUUAUCAGGACUCCCCAGGACGGCGAUUGACGAGUAUAGUCGCGGCACCGAGAUCAUGCUGAUUGCGUCACAUACUUUUUAAUUUUUGAUAAUCUUGAUAAAAGCAAAAUUAUUUUGCAUACCGGCUAUUAUUUUUUAGAUGUUAUAAUUAUUAAUUAUGCAAAUAAUUAGUUUCCUUGUUAAAAUAAAUGUUUGUAAAUAUGCGGUAAAAGAAAUAAAAAAGACGGACUCCUCUGUGUUUCGUUCAUACUGUAUUUCAAAAGAUUAAAAUAAUGUCGGCUGCCAGAGAUUUUUCUUACAUUGAAGAAAAUAUUUAUUAUCAUGCUGAUUUUGACAUAUCAAUUCCGUCGGAUGAUGAUUCCGACGAUGAAAUUUCAUUAUCAGAGAAAUGGAUGGUCGGAAAAUGUUAAGUUUUAGAAAGCUGAAAGAUUCGUACACUUACAUCGCAUUAAAUUCAAAUGCAUAAAAAUAACACAGCAAAACAUGUUUCAUACAUAAAAAUGUGUGUAAAUAAACGCUUUUUGCAAAUUUAAUAAUUCUUCAAAGAUGGGUGUAAAUAUUACAACUUAACUGUCUCAGUGCGUGUCACACAACGUUUGUGUACAUAAUUAGUAAUUAAUUUACAUCAAAAUAAACCAUCGAUAUCACUCAAAAAUUGGUGUUAAUUUUGAGUAAUGCCGAUGUAAAUACUCUGUGUUAAUAAUGUAUUUCUAUUUAUUGGAAUUUAAUGUGUUUACAUGUGAAAAAAAGUAAUAAAAUCGGAAAUGUUCAAAUAUUUAUUAAACGCAAUAGGUGUUUAAAAAAUGGUAAAUGUUUCGAAGUGAAAUUAUUAUUCUAUUUGCCAGUAUUUGGAUAUAAGUUACGGACGAAAGUGGAUAUAUAUAAAUAUGUAUUCAAACUAGGAAUAUUUUAUAAGUAUAGUUUGAUUUACACCCAUGUUAAUAAUAUUUCCGUACAUGAUUUCAAUUGACUGCAUGCGAGUGUGAUUAUGAUAAGAUCAGAUAAUGUUCUUCGACGUCAGGUGGUAAUUCUUUUCUCGCCGCAGCAUGUAUAUUGUGAUAUCGGCCUCAGGGAGUUAAAGCAAUUUGAUCUCCAUCAGCAUAAUUAUUACCAUUAGCAAGUUUAUUAACUUUAAAACUUACUUCAAAAUAACCAUUAAACCAAUCAAAAUAUGAACUUCUAUCAUUAAUUGUACAGUGAUAUCCACUUUUUUGUUGUUUAACAGUAUUACCCAGGACGGAUAUUAAAGGUGUAUCUAAUUGAACAGGAGUUAGUUCGUAUCUUUCACAAUAUUGUUUUGUUCUAAACAUGUAUAUUAUAUAUAUUUUUUUAUUUUUUAUAAAUUAAUCUGUUAAUACGUUUACGCGUUAUUUGAAUUUGUUUUUUGUAAUUCCUUAGCAAUUAAAUUACCAACAGCAGUACGAGCCUGAGGCUCAUAGGGAGGCUUGACCGGAGGAGCAGGUGUUACAGGUUUUUUUUUAAACUUUUGCUUUUUUUCUGUAAUUUUAUUAGCAGCUAAAUUUCCGACUUCCGUUCCAAUCUUUUUUGUUCCACUUUCAAGUGCAGCUUUUCCUGCUGUUUCCAGAGCUUUCUUUCCAGCAGAUGCAACAGAAGAUGAAAACAAAUUUGUUAAAGUAUCAAAGAUGCCUGUGCCAGAGAUGGAAUCUCUACCAGUUUUUAUUAUUUCUUCUCCGGUUUGAGCAUCAACAUAAAUAAAUAUUCCUUUAUUUUUAUCAUAAACUUUCUUGUACAUUAUAUAUUAAUUAAUUUCUUUUAAAAUUAAUGUAAAACUUGUUUCAACCUCAUUAAAAUUGAUUAUUCUACCGAAUACGUCUGUAAUAUAUAUUCUAAUUGAAUUUAUAACAUUUUUAUUAAUUUCAGAAUAUCCGACUCUGUUUGGUUCUUUUGUAAACGGAUAAGCUCUUGUUAAAUCUGCAGUACUUAAAGCAUAGAUAAUAUCACUAAAAUUACCAUCAACAAGUGAACUAUUUAUAAGAUCACAAUGAAUGUAAAUUGUAUCCAUAGAGUUAGUUAUAUUUGGUGUUGUAUUUCCCCAUUCAGUAUUUCUCAAAGCUUUUUUCUCAAAUCCAAGCAAUGUAUGAAAAUUUGACAUUCUUAAAUCCAAUAUAAAAUUAUCUUUAAUUGAAAUUUAUAUCUGAAAACUACUUAAAUCAAAUUCCAAACUUAUUGGGGCAAUGUCUGAUUUAUCAAAUUCAAAAUCACCAUUAUUUUUUUAAUGUUUCCCUUAUAUAAUUAUUAAUGUCUGUAUAACUGUAGGAACCAUUUGUAAAUAUAAUAUCUUUCCAAUCUUUACCAUUAUUAUAACGAAUUCUUGUAUUAUCAUAUUCAUCACUAAUAUUAUGCCAAGAAUAAGUCAUUGUAUUUAUACUAUCCAAACCGAUAACGUAAGUUUUAUUUUUGUCUAAAAUUAAACGGCGACUAAAUCUGAUUGUAAAAUCACUCUGAGUAUUUUUGUUAUCAUCUUUAACUGUUUCAGAACUUAAGACUAUAUUUUGUUCCAUUUAUAUAUUCAAGAAAAAUAAUUUUUAUAUAACAUUUAAUGUUUUUCUGGUAACAAUUUAUUUAUUUUUAAUAGUUCAUCAAUUAUGCUAAUACCUUCAUUUUUCAGUUCUUCAUUAUUAUUUCCAGCAUCAGUUGAACCACAAAUAAGUUCUAAGUCAUUAACCAAUUCUUCUGGAUUACAUGGACAAAGAUUUGAAUUAAAACCUUCUCCUCUAAUUACAUUUUUAAAUUUCAUAGAUCUUUUAUUGAUAGGUAAUCCUGAUUUUUCUGUUAAUUCUUUGAAUAUUUUUCUAGAAAGUAUUGUAUAUUUUUAUUAUUGUUAUAUCUUUUAUUAAUCAAAUCAAUUAAAUCAUUAUCUACCAUAACAUUAAUAACUUCUUUUCCAGUGUUUUUAUUUUUUGCAACCAAUUUGUUUUGACUAUAAAGUUUAUUAAGAUCAAUAAUUAAAUUACCAUAUUGUCCAUUUGGUAAAACUUUAUAUGGAUUAUGAUAUCUUAUUCCCUUUCCAAAUACCUCUGAGUCUUUAAUCACUUUUGAUAAACGUUCAUUGUAUUGUCUAAGAUUUUCUCUGUCUGAUUCUAACUCCGAAACAUACUCGCCUGCAGCCAUAGGUUCUGCAUCUGUAAAUUCAAUUAUUUCAUCUGGUUCUUCUCCGCUAUAUUUAUUUAUAUCAUGAGUAAAGUUCUUUAAAUUCUUGGUAACCUCUUUUUUUUGAUAAUACAUCUUUAUUGAUAUUUAUAUCUGAAUUUGCCCCAAAUUCUUCUGAUUCAUCAUUUGUUGGUACCGGUUUUUCGGAUAUUCCCAUCUUUUCUCUUCCAUAAUCUUCUAAUUUCUGAAAUUCAUCCUGUUUAAAGGUCAUAAGAUCGAAAAAAUGAAAAAAAACCUGAUUUUAACAUAUUUUUUUGAUCACGGCAUGAUAAUGUAAUAAAAAGCUUAAUUCAGAUCAUGCGUUUUUAUUUUUGUUGCUUUUAAUGACAUUUUUAUUGCUGUCGUGCCCAGGUGCGAGAAAUCCUGACUGACUUACUUCCCUUGACCAUGCACAGAUGACGUCAUCUGUUCAUACUCGUUGAUUGGCUGAAAACGUAUCAUGCGACCUUUAACCCGCGCCAUAUUGUAUUUUUUUACGGGAAACGCUAUCGCUACUCAUCGACUCUGUGGAAAAAUUGGAUUAUUAAGGAAAGUAAUGGCUAAAUGUGUUGUUGAAGGCUGUGGGGCGACUCGCAGGAAUGGAAUUUCACUCCAUUCGUUUCCUAAGGUGCCAGAUCUAAGGACAAAGUGGUUGAAUUUCAUUGGGAAAAGUGAAGUUGCCAAGUCGGCAAGAAUAUGUGAACUUCAUUUCGAUGAAAAACAGUUUGAAAGGAGUCCGGCCCUACUUAAAGCAGUGGGACAGACCUCAUGUCUUGUUAGACUAAGGAAAGAAUCUGUACCUUCAUUAGUGUCCUCUGUUUCGGAAGCAAAGCGGAAAGUUGACUCGCAAACCGUUGCGCAUGAUUCUGCACCAGAAGUAAAAAAGAGAAAAUCAUUGGAGGUUGAGUAUGUGGCUCGAAAAACCGGAAAUGACGAAGCUGUGAGUGAACAUGGUUGUCAGAGUUCUCAAGAUGUAGCAGCACAGGCUGAAGAAGAUGAUACAGAUAGACUGUGUGAACCAGACAUACCAGUAUAUGAUACAUCACCUGUGGACAUUCAGUCUCUAAUGACUCUAGCUGGCACUUCCAACGGACCAGUAGAUGAGAUAUCAUCGGGUGUGAGUACAUGUAAGAGCAAAAAGAAGACUGAGAUGUUUUCUGUGCAGUGCCAGGUUCCAUAUAACCUUGUUAAACGCAAGCAUGCAGCUGUCCAAGAAAAUCCCAAAAUGUGUACUAGAGAAGUACAGACUGAUGUGGUUCUUUCGGUACCAGAAGCAGACAGGCGUGAUAUGGACUCUACAUUACACAGUAGUAUGUACUCCUACAAAUCGAAGGAAGACCCAGAAUGGCUGCCACUGGAUGACAGUACUUUAAGUGAGCAAAGUUUUCAGCAAGAACAUGUAAAUGAAGCUAAGGAGAGAAAAUUCAUUGUGUUUGAAACAGAACUAGAUAAGUUGUUCAGGCUUUGUAGGAAAUGUAAUAGAGAAUUGAUCAUGGAAAAAUAUGUCAGUGGUACUUUUGUAAAAGUCACAACAACGUGUUCCACUUGUGUUGAGAAUGAGGAGUGGUCAAGUCAGCCAAUGUCUGGUAGCAUGGCAUUUGGGAAUUUAAUUCUAGGUGCCGCAAUUCUGUUCUCGGGACUGAGCCCAGGUAAGGCCCUUAAAAUGAUGGCCUUUGCUGGAAUACAGACUUUUUGUGAACGCGCAUUCAGUGUAUAUCAGAGGAUUUACUAUGUGCCGAGUGUAAUGUCAGUAUGGACCUCACACCAAGCUCGUUUGGCUGACACAAUUAGUAAAGCUGGUAGAACAGUUAAACUAGGUGGUGAUGCACGGUGUGAUUCGCCUGGACAUACAGCAAAAUAUGGGUCAUAUAGUGUUAUGGACUUAGAAACAAACAAGAUACUGGAUUGUCAGUUAGUGCAGAGUAACGAAGUGAAGAACUCGUACUGGAUGGAGUUGGAGGGAUUAAAGCGUUGUUUACGUUAUAUGUCAGAUGUGGGUAUCCGUGUGUCUCACCUUGUUACAGAUAGGCAUGUGCAAGUGAAAAAGUACAUGAGGGAACAGCCAACAAUUAGACAUUGGUUUGAUGUGUGGCAUGUCGCAAAAGGAAUUUUCAAGAAGCUACAAGCUGUGGGGAAAAAGAAAGGCUGCGAGAAAGUUCAGCAAUGGGCCCGCUCCAUAAGUAACCACUUAUACUGGUGUGCUGCUUCAAGUGAUGGUGAUGAGCAACUCCUAACAGACAAGUGGUUGUCCAUACUAAAUCAUAUACCAAAUAUCCAUACUGGUCAUGGGGAAAGAUUUCCAGAGUGUUUACAUGAUAUCCUAGAAGACAGGCUUUGGAUGAAAAAAGGUUACAGACCCUAUCAGGAGACAUCAAAAAUAGUUGCCAGUAAGCACUUGUUGAAAGAUAUAGGCAAAUUGUCACCGGCUGAGCAGACAUCAUCUUUAGAAGCGUUCCAUAAAGUUGUCUGUCAAUUUGCUCACAAGUUUGUCCAUUACGACCAUCCACAGAUGGAAGCAAGGUUGUGCAUUGCCUCCCUACAUUUCAAUGAAAAUGCCAACCGAGCACAAGCAACAAAGAAAGAUGGAUCACUGCAGUUUUCGGUAUCAUAUCCUAGAGGUCGGGACACAGGUGUUGCUAAAGAGGUCAAGGUUGAAAUGACUUAUGAUUAUGUAGAUGAACUGAUGGCAGAAGUUCUGUUCUGCAGGGAAACCGCAGAGACCCACAGUGUUGCACUAGAGCGUCGACUACAAGAUGAAACUUCAUGGCCCAGUGCAGGAGACGGAAGUAGGGUUUGCCCAGUUCCAUUAGCACAGAGCACCCCGUACAAGCAAUCAAAGACUGAGUUAAUUCAAAACAGGAUAUCUAGAUUUAAUCAUUAGUUAUGUUAAAUGCAUAGUGCAUACAGCUGAAAACAGACGUCAUUUGCCUGUUGUCGCAUUCUGGAGGGACUUACUUAUAGUAGGAACUGUUAACUACCGGACUGUAUUUCUGUAGUGUAACCAUUUCACAGUUGUAAAUGAAAAUAUUGUCAUAUAAUAUUGUCACAUAAAAUGUGUAGAUCAUUGAUCAUAUUUUUCAUAUAUUUCCCUCUGAUUUAUGAGCUCUGCCAGUUUUCAUUAGAUGCAAUGUCAUAGGAAAUAUUACAAGUGUCCACAUUUUGUAUGGACAUACUUAUGUCAAGGUUAGAAAUUCAUGUUGCUCUUGUGUAAAUGAAAACACCAGAUAAUGUACAAAAUAUCAUGCUUUACAAAGAUUUGUUUUCCUUUCCAUAUGCCAGUUUUACCAAUACUGUGUUUUCCUAUAAAUGAUGCGGUGUUUAUCAAUCAUGCAGAAUUACAAUGACUAGACUAAACAAAAAUACUUGUUUUUGGUAUCUAUUGCAUAUAUAAUCACUAUUUUCAAUUAGACUUUCUUACAUUUACAACAGUCUUGCUUAUUUUUGUGACAGGUUUUAUAGAUAGUUGAUUGCACUGCCUAGUAGCAGUAUGUCUGUAACAUGAGUCUAAAUUUAAGUAGUAUGAUAUGAUUCUUGCUGUUGGAAAAGUCCAAAGCAAUACAUUUAGGAACCAUUUACUGUAAAUAUUUUUCUCUAGUGUAAAUUUUCAUCUUUAUAUAUGUUUGAAUCAUUUAUUCUUAUAUGAAUACUUUUGAACAUGCCCUGUUGGUCACCUGUAUUAAGCAGUCAUUUGACUCAAGUAGCCUAUUGGCAAACUGCCUGACAUUUAGCUUUAAAACUUUUAUCGCAAGCAAAAACCAGGUCAAUAUGUCUACGGUCACACAUAGCAGCCAAAGUUCAAAUUCAGGAAUGACUUUGUCCGGAAUAUUUCUGAGGGAUUUUGAUGUUACUUGGCACAAAUGUUCACAACAAUGACGCAACCAUGUUGUCAAACUUUCUUAAUUUUGUUUUACUAUAAAUAGCUUAUAUUGUAACUUUUAUUACUGACUGUAGCGAAAAAUCAAUACCACUUUCCUGUGUUGCAGCAUGCAUGUUAAAAUGUUAAGCUGUAUUUUGGACUUUUGUUCUUUAGAAUAAUUUUUUGUCGAGCCUGCUUGCGGAAGCGAAGACAUAGUUGUUCAACUGGCUGUUCGGUGUAUGUGCUUGCGUCCGUCCGGACCAUAACUUUGACAUGCAUGGAGCAAUCUUGUUUAUUUUUGGCAUGAAUGUUAACCUCAGUGAGACGGAGUGUUGCGCAAACUGCAGGUUCCUAUCCUUCAGGUCAAGGUCACACUUAGAGGUCAAAGGUUAAAUUCAAUAAUGACUUUGUCCGGAGCAUUUCUUCUUCAUGCAUGGAGGGAUUUUGUUGUAACUUGGCACAAAUGUUCACAACCAUGUGACUGAGUGUCAUGCACAAUACCCUGCACCCUAGGUCAAAGGUCAAGGUCACACUUAGAGGUCAAAGGUCAGAUACAAGAAUGACUUUGUCCGGAGCAUUUCUUUUUCAUGCAUGGAGGAAUUUUGGUGUGACUUGGCACAAUUGUUCACUGUCAUGAGAUGGAGUGUCAUGUGCAACAGGCUAGAAUAACUUCCCUUUGUUGUUAUUAUAAAUAGCUUAUUUUGUAACUUUUUUAUUACUGGUCGUAGGGAAAAAAUCAAGACCACUUUUCUGUAGUACAAUAUGCAUGUUACAGCCAAUUUUGAGGUGUUUUUUGACCUAUCUCUACUGGAAAGGAUUUUUGUGUGGCCUUAGACAGCUGGCGGGCUCGACAUGUUGCCCGUGGGCAUCUAGUUUAGGAUUUAACUUCUCUUUGUUGGUACUAUAAAUAACUUGUAUAACUUUUUACAAUUGGAUAGUGUAGGCCGGCAUAUAUUGCGACAUUCUUGUUGGACUUAAUGUAGGCUGGCAUAAACAUAACAUUCUGACACUCUUGUUGCAUUUGAUAAACAGUUAGAAUUUUCAUACCAGUCCAUAUUUUAAUCAUAUGGCUUUGAAACUUUUACCACUUAUUAACCUACAUGACUAUGACAAGGACAUGAGCUCAGCUAUGGCCCUUUUUGACAUAUAAAUUAGUUAAAUUUCGCAUACCAUUCCAUAUUUUGUCUGAAAUUUUUGAUAUACUGCUCUGAAACUUCUAACACUUUACUAAAGGGUUACAUAGCUGUUAAUGUGGGUCACUAGAUUUAAGUCUCAUUUGUUUGGAUCUUCUUGAAACUUUUUUGUUUAUGUACAUAGAUAAUCAAUAUUGGCCAAACUAACUCCCUUGUAUAUAAUAAUGGUACGUGUUUCAGAAUGUUAUUACCUUAUUAUCUUGUAUAUUUUAUAACAUUAUAUGUCAGACUGUGAUUUAUGGACACAUAUAUAUCUACAAUAUUGCUGUGAUUUUGAUGUAGUAAACUGUGAAAUU